AUGUACGUUCUUGCUGCAUAUAUUUCACCAAUGAAUACCAGAAACGCAAUGCGAUUGCGAGUUGUCCGGGUGUAUGACAUCCUAGAGAGGAGGUCAUCUUCCAUACUGAAAUCGAAGGAAGUUGUCUUCCAUGACCAACAGGGAACAUUCUUGCAUGGACAUAUACCUAAAGAGAUUGUUGAUAAAUUCCGUACGACAUUUAAGGAAGGCAGUGUUUAUGGGGUUAAGAACUUUGUUGUAAUCACCAAUUUCUACUCUUUCAAAAUCAGUCCUCACAAAUUCAUGAUAAAGUUUAACUAUCAGACAGUCAUCAAAGAGUUCAGAGAGAUACAUGCUCCACAAGAUAAGAUUAUCAAUGACAAAAACUCGAGGUUGAUUGAGUUUGUAAUUGAAGACUCUGAGGGUAUUCAAUUGAGUUGUACAGUUUGGGAUGACCACGUAAACAAGGUUGAGACAUUCUUCAAUUCUGCUAUUGAAGAGCCAUUGUUGGUUCUAAUACAGUUCUGUAGAGCUAGAGUCUGUUUGAGAAGUGGUGAUGUGAAAAUCUGUUCAUCCUAUGAUGUUACACAGCUACUCUUUAAUCAAGAAAUCUUAGAGUUUAUGCAAUUUAAGGAAAUGUAUUUCCUAAGCUAA